CAUUUUAUGACUUGUGGAUUGCUUGACAGCGAAAGCAUUGAACUCCGAGAAAAGGAAAAUCGCAGCUUUGAAUUUCAUGGCUAUCUCGCGAGACAAUUCUUCGCUUCUCCUUCUCUUAACAAUUUGCAUCUUCUUUGUCUCUUCUGAGGCUGCUUCUCAGAAGAAAUCCUCACACGUUAAUGGAAGACAAAGCAUUGUUCCCUUCAGGAGGUUUGGUGCGGAGAUUUCUACCAAGUUGGUGAACAACAACUCUUUUGUCUUGGCUUCUAAGAGAACUGAGAGGAGAGACCCUUUGAACAACUUUAAGGAUUACACCGGUGGUUGGAAUAUCAGUAAUCGCCAUUACUGGGCUUCUGUUGGUUUUAGUGCUGCUCCUCUCUUUGUCAUUGCCCUUGUGUGGUUUGUGAUCUUUGGAUUGAUUUUGCUCUGUAGUGCUUGCUAUUACUGUUGCUGUCGCCGCCCUAUACACUCCUAUUCUCGAGUAGCUUAUGCAAUCUCUAUAAUACUGCUCUUGCUCUUUACCUUGGCUUCAAUUGUUGGAUGUAUUCUUUUGUACAAUGGUCAGGGGAAGUUUCACAGCAGCACAUCAAAUACAUUGGAUUAUGUUGUGGGUCAGGCAAAUUUUACUGUGGAAAACCUUAGGGCUUUCUCUGGGAAUUUGUCAGCUGCUAAGAGGAUCAAUGUGACCAAUUUGUUUGUUCCUGGUGAUCUACAAGGUAGGAUUGAUGAGAUUGUGACGAGGGUUAACACAUCCGCGAAUGACUUGGAUAGACGUACAGCUGACAAUUCUAAAAAUAUUAGAGAUGUUCUAGAUACUGUGCGAUUGAUUUUGAUCAUCGUAGCAGCUGUGAUGAUUUUGUUGACUUUUCUUGGCUUUGUUUUUUCUAUAUUGGGACUGCAAUUCCUUGUCUACAUCUUGGUGCUCAUUGGAUGGUUUCUUGUUGCGGCAACCUUUAUUAUGUCUGGUGUAUUUCUUCUUUUGCAUAACGUUGUUGGUGACACGUGUGUGGCCAUGGAUGAAUGGGUCCUUCACCCCAGCGAACACACUGCCCUUGAUGACAUCCUUCCUUGUGUGGAUGUUUCUACCGCAAAUGAUUCCUUGUACAGGAGCAGGGAAGUUACCUAUAAUCUGGCAGACAUUGUAAAUAAUGUCAUCAAUGGUGUGGUCAAUCCCAGUAAUCCGAAAAUUCAAUUCAACCAAUCUGGCCCCUUGGUGCCAACACUUUGCAACCCUUUGAACAAAGAUCUGAGCAAUCGCACUUGCGCCUCCGACGAGGUUACUUUAAGCAAUGCAUCACAGGUAUGGAAGAAAUAUGAGUGCAGUGCCACUUCCAUCAAUGGUUUCGAGGUUUGCGCGACCGUUGGACGCAUAACUCCUACUAUAUAUGAUCAAAUGGAUGCUGCUGUAUCAGUGGGAUAUGGCUUAUACCAUUAUGGUCCUUUCCUUGUUCAGCUUGAAGACUGCACUUUUGUAAGAGAGACAUUCAGUUCUAUAAAGCAGAACAAUUGCCCAGGUCUCAGAAAAAAUACCAAAUGGGUGUAUGCCGGUCUUACAAUGGUUUCGGCAGCUGUCAUGCUUUCAACCAUUUUUUGGGUCAUCUAUGCUCGAGAAAGGCGGCAUCGGGUUUAUGGAAAGCAGAAUGAUUUUCGUCAAGGACAUGCUCUGGUUCUAGACAAGUAGUGUGGCUGGUUUGUUUUUGUGAAGUCUUUCAGUACUUGUUUUGUUGGUGUAAAGAGAAUGGUUUUCUUUGUGAUGGUGUGUGUUUGGUUGUCAGAGUUGAGUGGAGGGAAUUUGAUGAUUAUGUUUAUAGCAAUGAAGAGCUUGUAUGGGAA